ACUGAACAAUAACAAGAGUUAUUGUAUUGAACAACUGAAAACUAUUAUUUACAAAUUGUGAUAUUACGAUUUUUAGAGCUAUGAAGUUACUACUGUUGAUAGUUUUGCUAGCAGUCAAAACAUUUGCCAUCGACUUUACAACCAUUGGUCAAAAAGAGAUUGUUGAUUACAUCAAGAAUAGGGCUGAUGUACUUUAUGGAGCCAAGUUGAGUGAACGAAACCUUCAGGAUUUGUUGAGCAGUGCUGUUUUCACUGGGCUCGAAGAGGAAGCGUCAACAUUUAUAUAUGGCGAAUCGGUUAGCUCUGGCCAAGAACAAUCGAUGGAGUUUAAUCCGGAAAAUAUACUUACCAGUUUAACUGCAUUGGUUUCCAAUUCAACAACUGAAUCUGUUCCAUUGAAGAUAUUUUUAACUUCAGAUUCACAAGGAACAACAGAAAUUAAAAAGGGUUUUCUUAAUAUAGCUAAAUCAUCUUCAAGUAAACAAUCUGUUGGUGACUUUGUUGUCACAAGUGUACAAUCGGAAAAUAACGAUAUAACUAAUCUGGAUGGUUCCAUUACUAUUAAUUUAGGAGGUUCAACUGACUCUCACAAUUUAACUUUAUUCAAAACUGUUUACAUUUCAGCAGAAAUUAAAAUCACUUCACUUGGCUCAGAAUGGGAUGAAAAUUUGCUGAAAAACGACAGUAAACUCAUUUCUUUAUUACCAUCAACCACAGGCUCAUUAUACACUGUUGACUAUCAAUCAUUGAUUCGUGAGUCGAUUCCAUCCAAUGACGGUGCUUUAUUUGCUGGUACUAAAACCAGUGGUACUGUUUUGGUUCACAAAAAUGCAAAUGGAGUUUUAAGUUUAGCUGGUCGAAUAAUUUCUGGAAAAAUUGAACCAACAUCGGAAGAUCGAUCGGAAGAACUGGUUGAUAAAUUUUUAACUCUGAAUGGAGCUAAAUCAAGACAGUUUUUCAUAAAAGAUGAUGGAAUGGUUUAUAAAAAAUCAAAUUUAAUCUCAGACCCUAACAUGAAGAAAUCAACUCUUUCAAAAUCAAAUUUCAAUUGUUUUGGAGGCCUUUCUAGGUUCUUUGAUCGCUUAUUUGGCUCACGCCAUGGACACAGACAUGGACAUAGACAUGGAUGGAAACCAACAACAACACAAGCACCAACCACAUCAACUUCAACGACACCCGAACCCAAACCAGAACCAGUAGUAACUACACCAAAACCAGCUUUCCCUGAAUUGAGUUCACCUAAAUUACCUCCUCUGCCCAAAGGAACCACUGUCUCUGUUUGGAGUACAGAAAUAAUUCAAUAAAUUGAUUCUUUCUGUUCUUUUCUCUAUACAGUAAUUUUCAAGUAAUUAAGACUAAAUUUUACUCAUUCCUUGACCAACUAUGCUUUGAUAGCUUAUUAAAUUUGCAUACAAUUGAAUAA